UUAUUGGACAGCCUGUGAAGAGCAAGCAUCCAAAAGAACCUGGGGAGAACAAAAUUAAGCCUGUUAACAAAAAAGUAAAACCCAAAACCCACAAAAUGAAGGAGAGGGAAUCUGCUGACUCCUCUUUGAAGUCCCAGUCCAUAUUGACACAGGUGAUGGAUAAAGGUCGUUUCCAGAAACUAGCUGCCACUUUAAGCCUGUCUGCAGGACAAAGCAUGGAACUGCGAUGUAAGGGGAGUAAUGUUACUUGGAACUAUCCUUCAUACUUAGACACCUUUAAAGACUCCAGACUCAGUAUAAAGCAGCUUGACAGGUACAGUCAGCUGAUCCUUGCAAACUCCACUGCAGCAGACACAGGUGAAUAUAGCUGCUGGCUUCAGCUGUGCAAUGGUAACAAAUGCAGGAAGGAUGAGACUAAAACAGGUUCAACGUACAUCUUUUUUACAGAUAAAGAGGAACUUUUUGUACCUACUCCCAGUUAUUUUGAGAUUGUCUACCUGAACCCAGAUAAACCUGCAGUCAUCCCAUGCCGUGUUACUACCCCUUCAGCAAAAGUAACUCUACACAGGGAAUUUCCAGCAGAAGAAAUUCAAACAGAUGGAAUUGAUAUUAUUUACGAUGUAAAGAAGGGUUUUGUCUACCAGCACCCUACUUCUGAUCAUAAAGGUAUAGUCUACUGCAAAGCAGAGUCACAGGGAGCACCUCAGAUUUCCAUCAAGUAUCACCUACUGUAUGUGGAAGUUCCCAAGGGCCCGCCUUCAACCACAAUUGCAUCGUCGUCCAAUAGAGCAGAAGUCAGUGACAGCGUUCAUGUAAUCUGCACAGUCCUUGGGGAGCCAGAUGUAGAAGUGAACUUCAGGUGGCAGUACCCAGGGCAAGAGUCUAAGAGGCCUGUGAUUAUCCAAAGCUUCUGGAGAUUGAUAAACAGAGGAACCGGACAUACCACAAGAAUCUCAAAGAGUGUUCUUCUUGUUGAGGAUUUUGAAGCCGGAGAUGCUGGAAACUAUAUUUGUAUAGCUCAGAACGUACAAGGAGAAACAACAGUAGCUACUGAAGUUGAACUAAAUUGA